CAUGUCUUCCAACUAUCAAUAUCCUCCUCCUCCCCAAGGCCAAUACUACGCUCCUCCCCAAGGCGGUGAAUACGGUGCUCCUCCUCCAGGCGCUUAUGGUGCUCCUCCUCCAGGUGCCUAUGGUGCUCCCCAGGGCGGAUACCAGCCAGCACCCCCUCCUCAGACCGUCUAUAUUCAGCAGCAGCCACAGAAGCAGGACGAUUCCAGUUGUUGUUGGGGAUGUCUUGCCGGUCUCUGUAUCUGCUGUGCCCUGGAAGAAAUGUGUUAAAAAGUAAUAGUAAUAAUAAUAGUAUAUACAAAAACAAACAUAAAUACCUAUCUGUACAAGGGACAUACACCUUUUCUUUAAAAAUAGAAGGAAGGAAGGAAGGAAGAGAGGGAAGAAGAAAAGACAAGUACAAAGCUAGAAUGAAUUGUAGUGUAAAUUGAAUUUCUUCAUUGAGCUUUUUGUACUUGUUCAUUUUGUUUAAUCAAAAAAUCAAAAAUAUGAAAGUUGACUUUCUAAACC